AUGUAUGAGAGGGGACUGGAAUUUGACAGGGAAGAGUUAAAGGCCUGGGGUGAGUUCUUUUACAAGGUAGAGUACACAUGUGAGAGGACAGGAGAGAUGUUGGAGUCACCUGUGUUCUUGAGUCCAGUGAUUAAGAGUGAGGGAAGGGUGCUGGAGUCUAGGAUCUUCCGGUACGAGAUGGUGCUGGGGUUCUUACCGGAGCAGGCGAUCCUGGAUACAGUAUGGGAGAUAGAUGAGGAGUGUGACUCCGUCCCAUUUGUCCCUGGUCACAACCUGGCAGGGGAGGGGUUUGACGUGGUGACCCUGAAACGUAAAGGUCCCCCAGUAAAACCUGUACACUGUGUAGUAACCCCCUACAGGGGAACGAGCUGCAGAAAAUACCCCUGUCUGUUAAACAUCUCUCCUCUGCUCUCCUCACCUAUCCUCCCUCACCUAUCCUCUCCUCUUCUCUCCUCCAGUAACCUGGCACAGUCCACUACCAGCGAGAUCUCUACAAAAUGGAAGGGGGGUUUGAGUAAUGAGGCGAAGGUGUCUGUAAGCGUACCUGUGGGACCGGUGAGUGUGAGUGUGGCGAAGGAUGUGGGCGCUAGCAUAGAGAUGGGAGGGUCCCAGUCGGAUGUAGCCAUCUUUGCCACGACCAAGACCAAAGAGGACCGCCACUCUUUCUUCUCACAGAACCUCCGCUGCCGUUACUACAGUUAUCGCACGCCAAACACUCCAACUCUCAGCGAUGAGUUCCGUAAGGACAUUGAUCGUCUGAGUUCAUACUCUAAGACUUCCAAGGCCCAGUACCGCCGGCUCAUAGACACCUAUGGGACUCACUACAUCCGCCAAGUUGACCUGGGAGGCCGGCUGACGAUGAUCACAGCAAUACGCACCUGUCAGGCCUCACUUAAGAGACUCUCUACAAACCAGGUGGAGUCCUGCUUGUCCAGGGGCUUUAAGGUAAACGCUGGGAUAUCAGUUUCCUCUAGCGACGAAAGGUGCUCAAAAGUUCUGGACAACCACGACUCGAAGACCUCCUACAGCUCUAGCUUCCUCAGCCACCACACCAAGGUGGUGGGAGGCUCUGGUUGGCCGGGGGAGCUGUCACUCAACCGUAACGACUCAGUGGGGUUCCGUAGUUGGAUGAGAACAUUGAAGAACUUCCCGGAUGUAAUCUACUAUUUUCUAACGCCUUUGCACCUGCUCAUACCCAACACGGCUGUCCAGCAGGGAGUGAAGGAGGCUGUCCAGGAUUACCUGAAGGAGAAUGCCCUCCUGAAGAGCACCGGGGAACUGUCCUGUGGGGAUCGUUACUCUAAUCUGGACUCAAACUGCUGCCUCAGGAUGGUCUCACAGGGAAAACUGGUGGUGACUGUGGUCAGAGCCUGGGGACUGUGGGGAGACUACCAAUGGAUAGCGGGAGACACUGAAGGGUACGCUGUGGUCACCUACGGUUCCAAGUCCCAUCAGACUGAUGUGAUUCCGUCCAACAAUCCUGUCUGGAAUGCUACCUUUGACAUGGGUCCCUUUGACAAAGACCUGAGUCUAAAGGUGGCGGUCUGGGAUGACGAUCCUGCGGCUACAGAUGACAACCUGAAGGACUGUACCGUUGACCUCGAGCAGGGGACACAUGAACUCUGGUGUAACAACAGUGGUGAGGGCUUUUAUUUCCUGUACACCCUCACCUGUGACCCUCACCUGACCGGGGACAAGUGUGAAAAAUACAAACCUUUCCAAUCCACAACACACAAACCCUCCACCCCCACCCUCUACAGUAAGAGUGUGCAUCUCUUUCCUACCUUUCCUGUCCAGAGUUCAGCAGUCCUAUACCUGUGGUUCUUUUACAUACCUGUAUAAUGUAGCCCUCACAACACACUGGAGUAAAUGCAUCCCAGGCAGUGGGUCUGUUGACUGUACAGCUCACCAGGAACAAGUUAGAAACAAGGGGAAUAAUUAGAAUAUGUUUUCUGCCGGGUUGAACUCUGUGCAUCUUUCUCCCCCCAAUCUUUCAAUCAAUCAUGUCUUUAUCUGUCCUGUAUAAUCAGGGGG